AUGGCCAACAACAUGUCCGAAGACGAUGCAGAAACGCAAACCGACGACCCAGCAACACUCAAGGUGCUUCGAGGUAACGCAAAACGGCGUUUCACGAAUUUAGUGAAGCUUGUCCGAGAUUUGAUGGCCGACCACGGUAGUCGUACAUCAAUAAAAAAUAGGAGGGAAGAUAUCAUCGGCGCCUUCCAAGAAUGCAGCCGCUUCAACGAUUGCUAUAUUGCAGCCAACCCCGACGAUCGAUCGAGCGCUGACUGGAUCAGUAAGAUCGAAACGGAUCUCGACUUCUGGCUCGACACCAUCGAAGAACACAUGCUCAGCAGAGUGGGUGAAUCGGCUUCGAGCAAGGCAUCCGUCCGAUCACGGCUUUCUCAGCAGCAGUUAUUGAGUGAAGGAAUCAAUCAACCGCAUUCGCCCCGGCCGACAUCCGACCCCGACUGGAAUGAUUUGAGACGUCGGGUGAACCAACUAGAGCUUCAUGGAGUGCAUGGUUAUUCCGGAAGCCCAAGCCUACGCCCAGGACGUUCACCGCCGCAUCCUCCACCGAGACCAUCUUCCGCGCCGACUCAACACCCCGACGUGGACGACGCUCAUUAUGGGGCCAGACCAAGAGUAACCUCAUUUAAUUCUUAUAGAGGCGAUGACGCCUUUCACGGUUGGGAUCAACCACCAGGGCUAUUCAGAGCCGGCUACCGUGACGCCCCGCCGCAGGUAGCUGAGCACGAGGUUCCCGCGCACGUGUUGACGGAACGACGGACAAGUGACGACCCAGGUCUAGUUCCACCUAACAUCGAUGACCAGACAGCUCCUAUCAGCAGCCCCGGAUCGUCGCUGUUAGUUUUGGAUCCCGUAACUAGCCUCCUUGCCACACAUCCAGAUAACCGUCCGGCCACCGUUCCUGCUGAUAAUCCAGGCUUCGUCCCAACCGGCUUUACAGAUUUAUUUCCAACAAGCCUCUUCGACACACAUCCGGAUAACCAUCCGGCCACCGUUCCCGCUGAUAAUCCAGGCUCCGUCCCAACUGGCUUUACAGAUUUAUUCUCAUCCAGCCUAUUCGCCGCCUAUCCGUAUAACCGUCCAGCCUUAUUUCCAGAUAGCCUUCCAACGAUUGCGGAAUACAACCAUCCGGCUAGCUUUCCAACUGGCCAUUCAGGCUUCGUCCCAGCCGGCCUCUCAACUUCAAGCGCCGCUGGCUAUCGGGCUUCGAUCUUCGGUGGCUACUCUACUUUCGCUCCGGCAGGCGUACCACUCCCGGCCACAGCCGGCCAUUUGACUUCAACUCUUGCCGGCCCUCGAACUUCGAUCCUUGGUGGUCUCACGGCCUUUGUUCCGGCCGGUCGAACGACGUCCCCUGCUGCUGGCCAUCCGGCCCCUUUUCCGGCUAGUCUUCCGACGUCAUCUGCUGCUGGCCAUCCGGCCUAUGUUCCAGUUACCACCGCGACGUCAUCUGCUGCUGGUAGUCCGGCCUUUAUUCCGGCUGCCUUUCCGACUACGUCUGCUGCUGGCCAUCCGGCCUAUGUUCCAGUUACCACCGCGACGUCAUUUGCCGCUGGCCAUCCGGCCUUUAUUCCGGCUGCCUUUCCGACUACGUCUGCUGCUGGCCAUCCGGCCUAUGUUCCAGUUACCGCUCCGACGUUAUCUGCUGCUGGCCAUCCGGCCUAUUUUCCGGCUAUUUUUCCGACUCCGUCCGCUGCUAGCGUUCCGGCCUAUGCUCCAGUUACCAUCCCGACGUCAUCUACUGCUGGCCAUCCGGCCUUUAUUCCGGCUGCCUUUCCGACUACGUCUGCUGCUGGCCAUCCGGCCUAUGUUCCAGUUACCACCACGACGUCUGCUGCUGGCCAUCCGGCCUAUGUUCCAAUUACCGCUCCGACGUCAUCUGCUGCUAGCCAUCCGGAUUUUAUUCCGGCUGCCUUUCCGACUACGUCUGUUGCUGGCCAUCCGGCCUAUGUUCCAGUUACCGCUCCGACGUCAUCUGCUGCUGGCCAUCCGGCCUAUUUUCCGGCUAGUUUUCCGACUCCGUCCGCUGCUAGCGUUCCGGCCUAUGCUCCAGUUACCAUCCCGACGUCAUCUAUUGCUGGCCAUCCGGCCUUUAUUCCGGCCGCCUUUCCGACUACGUCUGCUGCUGGCCAUCCGGCCUAUGUUCCAGUUACCACCGCGACGCCAUUUGCUGCUGGCAAUCCGGCCUUUGUUCCGGCUAGUUUUCCGACGUCAUAUGCUGCUGGCCAUCCGGCCUAUGUUCCGGCUACCAUCCCGACGCCAUCCACUGCUGGCCACCCGGCCUAUUUUCCGGCUAGCUUUCCGACUACGUCUGCUGCUGGCCAUCCGGCCUAUGUUCCGGCUACCAUCCCGACGUCAUCCACUGCUGGCCAUCCGGCCUAUUUUCCGGCUAGUUUCCCGACUCCGUCCGCUGCUAGCGUUCCAACUUACGUUCCUGCCGGCCCACCGACUUCAUUCGCUGCUGGCUCUUCAACUUAUGUUGCAGCCGGCCCACCGACUUCGUUCAUCGCUGGCCAUCCAACUCACGUUCCUGCCGGCCCACCGACUUCAUUCGCUGCUGGCUCUUCAACUUAUGUUCCUGCCGGCCCACCAACUUCAUUCGCCGCUGGCUCUUCAACUUACGUUCCUGCCGGCCCACCGACUUCAUUCGCCGCUGGCUCUUCAACUUACGUUCCUGCCGGCCCACCGACUUCAUUCGCUGCUGGCUCUUCAACUUAUGUUGCAGCUGGCCCACCGACUUCGUUCAUCGCUGGCCAUCCAACUCACGUUCCUGCCGGCCCACCGAAUUCAUUCGCCGCUGGCUCUUCAACUCACGUUCCUGCCGGCCCACCGACUUCAUUCAUCGCUGGCCAUCCAACUCACGUUCCUGCCGGCCCACCGACUUCAUUCGCCGCUGGCUCUUCAACUUAUGUUCCUGCCGGCCCACCGACGACUUUCGACGCUGACUAUCCAGCCUAUGUUCCAGCCGGCCCACCGACUACAUUCGCAGCCGGCCCACCAACUUUCGACGCUGGCUAUCCAGCUUAUGUUCCUGCUGGCCCGCCAAUUUCAUCCGCCGCUGGUUAUUCAGCUUAUGCUCCUGCCAGCCACUAUCCGUUGGCCGACGGUCACUCAGCACGCGCUUAUGGCGACCCGACUUCGUCCAGGACAGCUGCUCCCGAGCCUAAUGUAAAAUUUGGCAUGGAUCUACACAAACGACCGGAUGAGAACCCCUCCGCCUUACCGACGGGCGCACUUCGGACGCCGGAUAGCUGGAUAAACGACGCCACCUGGUCCAACCCAAGAAGCCAUCCGUCCUCUUGGCUGGCAUCGAAGUUGCCUCGCAUCAACCUCGCUCCUUUCGACGAAGACCCGAGAAAUUGGUCCCACUUCAUACAGAAUUUCAAGAGUUUGGUGCACGACGUUGUUCCGGACGACGCGCAACGCAUUGUCUUCCUGAAAGACUACUUGACCGAAAGGGUCCGCAACAGCGUGGCUAACUCUCUUCGAGACCCCGCGCAAUACCGCGCAGCGCUAGAAAAGCUCCAAAAAAGGUACGGCAACCCUCAGCUAGUCGUCCGAGCCCACGUCCAGAGUCUCAUGCAGCUCCCCGGGCCCAAGGACGGAGAUUUCGAUUCGCUCUGUGUGUUUUCGGGAGCAAUCCAAGCCGCCGUCGCCGAUCUCUCAAAUGGCGGACACAUCCACGAUCUGUUGGCGCCAGGAUUGCUUUACCAAGUCACAUCCAAGCUCCCACCCGUACUGACUCAAAAAUGGGGAGAGAUGAUGUGUCAACUUCAGCCCAAGGCGGUCACUCUUAUCGACUUCGAUCAUUGGCUCGAUUCAAGAGUAAUGGCAGCUCCAGCUCUUCCCAGCGCUUCAAGUGCCAGCCGGCAACGUCAAAGAACGACCAAAUAA